GGCAAAAUCCCAUUUGUAAGUCAAGGGAAGCACAAAAGAGAAACUUUGAACAGAAGAGAAGCCCAGUCAUACUCAGGACCCAGGGACAGAGUGAGGUGUGGAGAGAAGGAGCCCAGGCGGAAGACUUUGUUUGGCGGUUCUUUCUCUCCUUAGCGUCUACUCCGCCCCUUCAACUUCCGCCCGCUGCCAAUGACAACAGAGGAAUUCGAAGCCCCACCCAGUGAGUGUCAAGUCCUUCCGUGGCACGCGAGAGGACGCCUGCGCGAAUGAGAGUGGAAGGCGGAGUCUGGCCAAUUUUAGAGCGGUCUGCCACUCGUUUGAAACGUCCUGGAUCACUUAGGAUGUUGCGUUUAAUAAGCUGGAAUAUCAAUGGUAUCCGAAGCCCCCAGCAAGGGGCGUUGUGCCAGGAACCAGGCAACGGUGCCAUGACCACAAAACGUAUUUUGGACAAGCUGGAUGCCGAUGUCGUCUGUCUCCAAGAGACCAAAGUGACCAGGGAUGUACUGACAGAGCCAUUGGCUAUCGUCGAGGGCUACAACUCCUAUUUCAGCUUCAGCCGCAGCCGUAGUGGCUAUUCUGGUGUCGCUACCUUCUGUAAGGACAAUGCUGCCCCAGUGGCUGCUGAAGAAGGCCUCAGUGGUCUGUUUGCCACCCAGAAUGGGAACGUAGGUUGCUAUGGAAACACGGAUGAGUUCACCCUGGAAGAGCUCCGGGCUUUGGAUAAUGAGGGCCGGGCCCUCCUUACACAGCAUAAGAUCUGCACAUUGGAAGGGAAGGAGAAGACUCUGACAAUAAUCAAUGUGUACUGCCCCCAUGCCGACCCUGGGAAGCCUGAGCGUCUGACCUUUAAGCUGCGCUUCUAUCGAUUGCUGCAGAUUCGAGCAGAAGCCCUUCUGGCAGCUGGCAGCCAUGUCAUCAUUCUGGGGGACCUGAAUACAGCUCAUCGCCCCAUUGACCACUGUGAUGCAGCCAAUCUGGAGUGCUUUGAAGAAGAUCCAGGGCGCAAGUGGAUGGAUGGCUUGCUCAGUAACCAAGAGUGCCAGGCUGGGUCCCAAGUAGGGCCGCCCUUCAUUGAUAGCUUCCGCUAUUUCCAACCAAAGCAGGAAAAGGCCUUCACCUGCUGGUCAGUGAUCAGUGGAGCCCGCCAUCUCAAUUAUGGCACCCGAAUUGACUAUGUGCUAGGAGACAGAACUCUGGUCAUUGAUACCUUCCAGACCUCCUUCCUGCUUCCUAAGGUGAUGGGCUCUGACCACUGUCCUGUUGGUGCUGUCUUGAAUGUGUCCUCUAUUCCUGCAAAACAGUGUCCGCCUCUAUGCACUCGCUUCCUCCCAGAGUUUGCAGGCACCCAGCUCAAGAUUCUCCGCUUCCUAGUUCCUCUUGAGCAAGAACCUGUGCUAGAGCAAUCGGUAAUUCACUUUAGCAAUCAAAGCCAGGUGCAGAAACGACAGAAAAAAGCCCUUGUGCGCACAACCAGGCCUCGGCCAGAUCAGGCUGGUUCCAGAAGAAACCAGAAAGACUUAAUGAGCUACUUCCAGCCUUCCUCGAGCCAUUCCCAAACAUCUUCCAAUUUGAAGCUACCUCACUUGCCUGCCGUGGCUCCCCCUGUGAUCCAAAAGACUCCUGAGGAGGAGGUGAUGGCCAAAAUGGUAGAAGAACAGGCCAAAGCUAAAGAUGAGAAGGAGGGACAGACCUUGUUCUGGAAGUCUGUGCUUGGAGGACCUUCUCCUGUGCCCCUCUGUGGAGGCCACAAGGAGCCAUGUGUGAUGCGUACUGUAAAGAAGUCAGGACCAAACCUGGGCCGCCACUUUUACAUGUGUGCCAGGCCCCAGGGUCCUCCCAGUGACCCAUCAUCCCGCUGCAACUUCUUCCUCUGGAGAAAACCCAGCUGAAACAACCAAGGGUAAGGGAUAUCUGGUAUGGUCACCAUUGUACAUGGUCUAGUGCUGGCUCCCUUUCCUUCCUCCUAAGCUACCCCUUAGGGUUACCUUCAUUCUAUCUCUUCCUCCUUCUCCUUUUUCUCUUCUUCCUUUUCCUUUCCUUAUUUUCUUCUUCCCCCAAAACAUCCCUCCCCCACUCCUCUCCUUCCCAUGCCAAGGCCUUUUUCCCCCUCUUCGUACCUCUUGUUGGUGAGCUUCUUAUACAUCAAUACCGUGACCUAGUCUUCCACCCACUCCCCACCUUCUUAAGAGCAAUAUGUGGAAAGCAUUCAGGAAGUUGUGAAUUUUUUUAAACCCCUUCUUUUCUGGGAAAUGUAUUUGUUCACGAAUAAAGUUUGUCUUUGUUUUAGUAUACCACAUUGAGUGGGUAUUUUGGAUGGUCUUCAUAAAGUUGGGUCAGAGAAGUUGUCUCAGAAUGGGGUUUGCUUGUAGAACUCCAUAAUUCCCAGGGAGAGAGGAGGAAAGAGGAGCAGUGCUCAUUACCAUAAAAGAUUCUAUUGAGUUGUAGGUUCUAUUGAGUUCUCUGCAGUGCUGAGGUAGGAUCAGCAAAGGAAGUGGGUGUGGUGUGGGUGAGAUGUGUAGCCUUAAGCUUCCCAACUGCCCCUCAGCUUCCACAAAGGAGU